CAACUACUUGUGCACUUCAAUCAUCAAGACGGAUACUGAACACUGGGCGCAAUUUCCACUAAUCCUCUAACAAUCAACAAAAUGUCUGCGUUUAAGAUCGCACUGAUCGCUUUAGCAACUUUGGCAAUCGUAGCUUACGCCGAGAAUCCUACCGCAAAGAAUGACUUGGAGCUCUCCGAGACAAAAGGAAGACGCUACCAGUACGCAAACUACGGCCAUGGAUACGAUCACGCCAAUACCUACGGACAAGUUCUACAAAAGCCAAAACACCACCACAACAACCACGGAUAUAACACUUAUAAUAACCACAAUAGCGGACACGGAUACGUUCAACAUCAACCCGUUCAACAUCACCCCGUUCAAUAUCACCCCGUUGUCCACCAACCAGUCCUCCCUCGCCCUGCUGUACAGAGUUACGGUUACCAAAACCCAUACGUCUACCAGCAAAAAGAACACAACUCGGAGGAAGUGAAGGAAUACGAGAAACCGCCCGUGUACAAAGGCUACAAGAAAGGUCAAGACUCUGAAGAAGUAAAGGAAUACGAAGCAAAAGGCGAAAAAUCCAAGGCGUCUAAAGGCUACAAGAAAGGUCAGGACUCUGAAGAGGUGAAGGAAUACGAACCAAAAGGCGAAAAAUCCAAGGCUCCUAAAGGCUACAAGAAAGGUCAAGACUCUGAAGAGGCGAAGGAAUACGAACCAAAAGGCGAAAAAUCCAAGGCGUCUAAAGGCUACAAAAAGGGAGACGAUUCCGAGGAAGAAAAGGACGACGAGCCAAAGGGAUACAAAAAACCGAAAUCGAGCAAAGGUGACAACAAGAAAAAGGAAAAGAAAUACCAGAGCAACGAAACCAGCUACAAGGACGAAGAAUACGGCAAUUACAAUGGAUACGUCAGCCACUCUGGAUAAGAUCUAAGGAACACGGAAAAUUAAAUUUAUGCAUAAUUCUAUUAACUCAUGAACACUAUAACGUGUUUUUAUAGUAUUUGAUGAGAUUAACUUAAUAAAUAUAAAGACAUUUACUUCAAAAA